AUGCGGAGGGGAUUGAGACAAGGUGACCCCUUAUUUCCGUUCUUGUUUCUAAUAGCUGCUGAGGGUAUGAAUGCUCUUUUUAGUGCUUUUGUGGAAGCCAAUCGAUUCAAAGGUUUUAAGGUGGACUCAAAUGAAUUUUGUGUCUCUAUAUUACAAUUUGCAAAUGAUACGCUGAUCAUGGGAGAUAAGUGUUGGGAUAAUAUUAGAGCAAUCAAGGCUAAUUUAUUGUGGUUUGAAUUUCAAUCUGGCCUAAAGAUUCUUAAUUGUAAGAUGGGAUGUGUCCCAUUCAAAUAUUUGGGAUUGCCUAUUGGCGAUCAUCCCCGACGUAAGGUGUUUUGGAAACCUGUUAUUGAGAAGAUCCGAAAUAGGUUGGCUGGUUGGAACUCUAGAACUUUGUCGAUGGGUGGUCGUUUAGUACUCCUCAAAGCUGUCUUAUUUGUAUUGCCGAAGAUACGGAAAUUUAGGGGGGCAAUUCGAUGGGGUCUAUGUGGUGGAAGGAUAUUUUUGCGGGAAGAGUUGGUAUUGAAGAUGAAUGGUUUGAUAAAAAAAGUGUUUAAAAUUAUUGGGAAUUGGAAUAAUACUUUGUUUUGGAAGGACUCAUGGUUGGUUGGUGGGGUCUUGCGUGAGAAAUUUAGUAGGUUAUUUCAUUUGUCUUUACAACAAGAGGAAAAUGUAGAGAUUAUGGUAAAGAUGUUGCGCCGGGAGGGUAUUCAAGGGUGGAGAUUACGGAGGCAGUUGUUUGCGUGGGAGGAGGAAUUAAUGGAGCAAUGUAGAAUUUUAUUGGCAACAUUCAUUUGCAAGUUAAUGUAUCUUAUAAGUGGUCAUGGAACAAUACGCAAGGAGGAUCAUAUUCGAUAA